GUAGAUCUGGAUCCAGAGCCAGAAUCCAGAGUGGAGGGAGGAGGCGAGGCUGUGCCCACCUCAGGCAGAGACCAUGGCGACCUCUCCCGGCUUCGAAGCUCCUCGCUGGAGAUCAGAGAAAAGGGGUCAGAGAUCCUUAGGGAACAGCUGGACGCUGCAAAGAAGGAACUGAAACUGAAGGACAAGGAGUGUGAGCGUCUGUCGCAAGUCAGGAAUCAGCUGGAGCAGGAGCUGGAGGAGCUGACUGCCAGUCUGUUUGAGGAAGCUCACAAGAUGGUGCGUGAAGCUAACGUCAAGCGAGCAGCAGCAGAGAAACAGCUGAAGGAGGCUCAGGGAAAGAUUGAUGUUCUGCAAGCAGAGGUGACGGCGCUCAAGACUCUGGUGUUAACAUCAACGCCUUCUUCACCAAACCGCCAGCUGCAUCCACAGCUGCAGUCGGCAGGAACCAGGGGAGCGCACAAACACGUCGGGGGCCACAUCCGCAACAAGAGCGCGAGUGGUCCCUUUCCUUCUUCACUUGGAAAACCAGAACCAUCCUCUGUUUCCAUUCAGCCUGUGGCCAAAGAGGACCGAGAGGUGGACUCCGUUCUGUAUGCAGAGUUUUUGAUGUGGAAAGAAAAUCCAAGUCUGGAGCGCUCAUCUGCCUUCCUGAGUCGCAUCUACAGAGAAGACAUCGGACCCUGCCUCUCCUUCACGAGAUCCGAGCUGUCGCAGCUGGUGCAGAGUGCAGUGGAAAACAACUCUUUGACUAUCGAACCUGUGGCCAUGUCAGCGCUGCCGAUGGUUAAAGCCUCAGCUGUAGAGUGUGGUGGCCCUAAAAAAUGUGCCUUAAGCGGCAUGUCGCGGCUCUGCCGACAUCGAAUUAAACUUGGCGACAAGGGGAGCUACUAUUACAUCUCUCCUUCCAGCAGAGCACGGAUCACGGCUGUAUGCAAUUUUUUUACUUAUAUCCGCUACAUCCAGCAGGGCCUGGUGAGACACGAUGCGGAGCAGAUGUUCUGGGAGGUGAUGCGUCUCCGCAGAGAGAUGACUGUGGCUAAGUUGGGUUUCUACCUCACUGACCAGGGUUAGAGCAGCUGAAGGCUCACUGAAACAUCAGAGAGGACAGCAUCCCAGGACCUGGAUUACUCAAGUCCAAGUCAGGGUUAAACUGUGGUAACAAAGAGGUCUUGAAUCAGUUUAGUAGCAGAGGUUGUACGGCAUUUUAGUGCUGCAGCAGAGGUCAAUCAACAAGGGAAGCAGAAACUGUUCAUAUGCCACUUUUAUGCAAAAAAACAAAGAAUUAAACCAGCACAGCCAGAAAGAAGUAAAAGUAACAUGCUGUACUGCAGGCCUCCAGUAAUUCUCUUCAUUGGUGAGAAGAAUUGUUUCUGUUUCUGAACCUCCCCGGAGGAGUUCACACAACUGCUCGCGUUAUUACAGUAGAUUUUAUGUGUCAUCGUUCAGGCGUUAGCCUGAUGAAAAGAUGAGCUCAACGCAGGAUGCAAGCAGUCUAGAGAGUUUAGUUGGUCUCUUACCUCAAGUAUUACAUACGUAUAUAACUAUGUAAUGUAAUAGUUCUAUUGUGAGAUUGACAAUAUUCAUGUAGUUUCACCAAAACAAUUCUUUGAAUUGUCUUCUUCUUUUUUUUUUGCAUAACUAUAAUGCUCACAUUGUUACUUUCAGAUAUUGGCUCAAAUACGCAGCCAAAACCUUUUGUCUCAGCAGUUGAUGCACUCCUGCACUACCUGUUCUAGAUGCCUCAUAUAAAAACACAAAGGAAACAGCUUCAUGUUAGCCUGGCCCGUACAUCAUAACCAUAUAUUAUAUUCAUGAAUUAGUUAUGACACAUCCACGUCAACGUAGUGACAGUUUUACAGUAUAGUCAGAAAACGAACAAGCUUUAAUAAAGUGAUUGCAAUAUGCACAACUGUAGUUUUGCACAUCUGCAAUGAACAGUAUGUACAUACAGUAAAAGCCAUAAAUGACCUUGCAUGAAUGCAGUACAUAGCCAUAUUAUGCAAUGUAUAUGGGUUGUACCUCAUAGUAUAGAUUUAUUCUUAGUAACAGACAGUUUUUACAGAAAGUGGUCUCUUGAAGGUAAAAAUGAAGAAUAUUUUGUCAGAAAGUGCAAUAACUGCUUCUUAGCCUUAUUUAGGGCUUUGAGGUUCCUAACCUCAGUGUACUGAUAAAUAAUGUGUCUUCCAGUAUCAACACUCCAUUAAAGACGAGGCAUUGUAGCCUGACUCCAUCACCUUUGUACUGCCUGU